AUGUUCACUCCCCUCCAAACUCUUCUAGGAGGUUAUCUCCUUCAUCUCUCCACAUCUUCACUACUCUCCCUUACCGGAAGAGUGUUCGGAGUAUCAGGUAUCGUUUCCGGUGCUGUCCUCGGUGAUCGGGCCAGUUGGAGAUGGGCCACAUUAGGCGGAAUGUUUUUAGGUCCUCUGUUGGUUUCUAUGACAGGUUUGAAUGGAUCUUUUCCGGAUGAUGGGUUAUCGAGCUGGGGGAAACAAGGUUGGGCAAGACUAAUGUUGGGAGGGAGUUUAGUAGGUUUGGGAAGUAGACUUGGAUCAGGUUGUACCUCUGGUCAUUUCCUCGGUGGUGUUUCUCGUCUCUCACCAAGAUCCUUAAUUGCCACCUUGACAUUUUUCUCCACUUCCCUUCUCACAUCUUACUUCUUUCCAUCUCCUUUACUCUCACCUUCAACUUCAUCCUUACAUCUUAUCCCUUCUGCCUCCUUUACACCUUCAUCAUCUUCAAUCCUAAUUUUGCUCACCACCGUCGGUCUCACCAUCCUCCUUCAAACCCUUCCCACUUUCCUACCCCUGACUAAACUCCAUCUUCGAAGUCUACCUUACAUCUUGAACGGAAUAAUAUUCUCCCUCGGACUCCAAAUGAGUGGUAUGAUAUCUCCUCUCAAAGUUGCCGGUUUUCUCGCGCCUUUCUCUCCCGACUUCGAUCCUAGUCUAGCUUUAAUAGUGAUCACCGGGGUUAUACCUAAUGCUAUUCAGUGGAGUAUCAUCAAAAAUGUUCGUCGACCCAAAUUAAGAUGGGAAUCUUGGAACGUUCCUACUCGACGAGAUAUAGAUUGGAAAUUACUUCUAGGUUCAUCUUUGUUCGGUGUAGGAUGGGCAUUGACUGGAGUAUGUCCCGGACCGGCUGUGGUAGGAUUGUCUAACAUCAUCUUUGGAACAUUAUCAUCAUCGACGUAUAAAGACAACUUGAUGAUUUUAGGGAAAGUAGGGACUUAUAUGGGUUGUAUGUUAGCAGGAAUGGCUAUUGUUAAAGUAUGA